AUGAAAAGGAGAUAUCUUCAUUUAUUUAUAGUUAUUUUGUUGAUUAUAUUCAACAUAUUAAUAAGUGGGGUUUCAUCACAAAAUAGUAAUGAAAAAAAAAAAGGUGUAGAAAAACCAAAAGGCAGUGAUAGUAAACAGAAUAACACAAAUUCAGGUUCAAACAAUAGUAAUAAUAAUAAAAGUUCAGGUAAAAAAAAGAGUAAUACCAAUGUAAAUAACAAUAAACAAAAUAAUACGAAAAAAAAACCAGAUAAUAUAAUAAAAAAAUCUGAUAAACCCAAAUCCGGUGCGGCAUCGAAUAGUAAUAAUAAUGGUAGUAAGAAUAACAGUAAUGAUCAGUUUAUGGAUGAGUAUAAUAAAUUUGAAAAACAAUUAUUAGACAAUGAAAAGGUUGAAGAAAUAUAUGAAGAAGGAAGUAACGUUGAAAUUAAUGGUGGCUCAAAAAUUGUAGAAAAUAAUAAUGAAAUGAAACCUAAUGCUAACGAUUAUAAAGAAGUAGAUGGUGAUGACUUGGAAUAUAAUGAUGAAGAUUUAACAAGUAUAUGGAAUGAAAACAUGAAAUAUUUUGAGCCAAGUACUAUGUUAACUUUUGAAAUUCCUGGAAAUUCAGAAGAAUAUUUAUUAGAGGACAUUCAAGAAUUAAAUACAUAUUUUCGAGGUCUUUUUUAUUUAAAUAAUGAAUUAGAUGAUAGUAAGGUUUUAUUUAUUAUUUCAGAUCCAGAUGGUGAAAUUGUAUAUAAAAGAGAAGCUACCGAUGGUAUAUUUUAUUUCCAUACAACUAAACUUGGGGUAUAUACUAUAACUAUUAAAAAUACAAAAUGGGUAGAAAAAAAAAUGGUUACUGUUGCUAUAGGGUUAGGAGAAAGACCUUCAUUGAGUUCUGAUCACUUAAAAGAUUUUUCUAGCUAUAUCGAGCAAAUUACUUUAGAAGCAAAAAUAUUAAAAAAUGAAAUUAAAUACUUAUCAUCAAAACAUAUUGCACAUAUAGAAAAAAUGGAACAAAUUACAAACAAAGCCUUUUUAUAUUGUUUCCUAAAAUUAUUUGUUCUUAUAGUUCUUUCUUUUUUUACAAUUUAUUAUGUUAAAAACUUGGUAUCAAACAAAAGAGUUCUCUAG